CCUAAGUCUCUACAACCACACAAUGUCCUCUCCAAGUCACCACUACCAGCAGCCGCUGCAGCAAUCAGUCCUAGAUGGACAUAACUCAGCUUGGUCUACUGACCUCUUUGACUGCUUCUCUGAUAUUCCAAGUUGUUGUUUAACAUACUGGUGCCCCUGCAUCACUUUUGGCAUGAUCGCUGAAAUUGCAGAUCAAGGAGCCACAUCUUGUGAAACAGCAGGAGCAAUUUACUUUCUGCCAUCGUCGUUACUUGGGUGGGGUUCCUUAUUCUCAUGCAUCUAUCGCACCAAGAUGAGAAAACUAUACAAUCCGAAUGAGAGUCCUUGUGAAGAUUGCUUGGUCCAUUGUUGUUGCGAGCCAUGCGCUCUGUGCCAAGAGUACCGCGAGCUCCAGACCCGUGGAUUCGACAUGUCACUCGGAUGGCGAGGAAACAUGGAGAAUCAGAAAAGUGCAGUGCCAAUGCCUCCAGUGAUUGAAAGCGGCAUGAAGCGAUAGAAUGGAUUGGAGAGUGUCGUCAUAGUUGUUAUAUAUAUAUAUAUACUAGUUAUGAACCCGCGUGUUGCAGCUGGUGUUCUAAUUUUCGUGUGUGAACAAUUUUGUUACGAUCAUGUCAACUGUGUAUUAUGAA